AUACGUACUUCACUACAUAGGUCACUUAGAUUUUAAUUUAAUGAAAAGUAUCCUACUUUAGCCUUAUUUCUGCAUAACUAAAUCUGUAGCUAAUAAGAUACACGUUCUUUCGUGAUGCCUUCUUUUUCAAGACUUCAAAAAAUAGCUAUUAUCAGUUUGGGGGCCGUUGGAGGCGGUCUAACGUAUUAUCAGUUAAAUAGUAAACAGGAGAGGAAAUACGGUGUGCAUAAUUCGUGGACUACAAAUUAUUCUCCUAGUGUAAAAUGGGAUUCUAACUGGGAUCACCGGGACCCAAAAGCUAUUGUCAAGCCUCCAAAGAACGGCAAACCAGAAGAAGACAACAAAUAUAAUGAGGAGCUGGAGAAGGCAAAGAGCAAAGCUGUGCGGCACAUAUUUAUGAUCAGGCAUGGCCAGUACUUUGUCGACGGAGCUACUGAUAAAGAGAGGGUACUUACAGAGUUAGGCAGGAAGCAAGCAGACUUGACAGGGCAACGGUUAGCAUGCCUAGACAUAAAGUGGGACCUUCUAGUCCGUUCUACAAUGACACGAGCACAAGAGACAGCCACACUCAUUCAGAAACAUCUUCCCACUGACUUGGAGGUGAUCAACUGCUCCUUGAUCGAAGAGGGUGCUCCGAUACCUCCAGAGCCUCCAGUUGGCCAUUGGAGGCCUGAACCAAAACAGUUCUUCCAGGACGGUGCUCGGAUAGAGGCGGGCUUCCGCCGCUACUUCCACCGCGCGUCGCCCGACCAAGAUCGAGACUCGUACACUCUCCUCGUGUGCCACGCCAACGUCAUACGAUACUUCGUGUGCAAAGCGCUCCAAUUCCCACCCGAAGCGUGGCUCCGGAUAUCAUUGAACCACGGCUCCAUCACGUGGGUGUCCAUCAUGCCCAACGGGAACGUGGUGCUGCGAUCGCUCAGCGACACAGGCUUCAUGGAGCCCAAGUGUGUCACUAGCCGAAAUUCAUUCUUGCGAGACGCGAAGAAGAAUAUCUUAGAAGACUAGUUAAAAGGUAACACAAAAUACGUCUGAACAAUGAACAUGGCCUCGAAUCAUGAUCUAAAGUCGUCGUCAUGGAGACUAUAUAAAGGAGCCAAAUCUCUAUGUAUGAAAAGUGUCCAUCAGAAAACAGUAAUUAGGCGGCGCCACCAUACACCGAAAUACUACCAAAAAAACCUACGUAAUUUGGUCGGGUUAUUUGUUGCCUUAUAUGGUUCAUGUUAUACUAAUGUCCCAGAGCCUAACUAGCGCCACCGGAGAAAUUAGGAACUAUUAUUUACAACUGAAAGCUGGUCACUUUUGCAAUAGUUCUGCCAUAAGAGAUUGUCGUCCUUUCUAUACCAUCCAUAGUCGUCGUGAAUAGAACUUGCAAAUAAUGUAAACAAAUACUUAGGAAAAGAAUACCAUAUUUGUUUAAUAGUUUGCCCGAAGCCAUAAGAUGUGAAAAUAAGAAGUCUAAAUUUAAAUCUAUGUUAAAAAUACACUACCUCAAUAAUUUGUAGUAAUUGCACUACUAUAAAAUUAAGUUAAGUACAUAUGUAACUAGAGACUGAUGAUCCCACAGUCAAACUCAUUAUUGAGUUUUGCGGGGCUAUGAUUAUUGUAUGAAUACUCUGUAUUUUAUUAAAUAAAUAAAUAAUAAAUAAAAAUAUGACACAUUUUGUUAGCAUUUGACACAUAACGUAAACAUUUUACGAAGGUUAUUUUCCCUAAAAUAUUAAUAAUUAACAUUUAAUUUAACUAAAAAUUUAUAUAAAUAAAAUAUUUAAGUAUUGAGACUGUUGAUAGGGUCAUGGUUGUCCUUUUAAAGAGCGAGAUUACGAAGUAACGAAGGUAAAAUGGUUUGUUUACAUUAUUAGCAAGUUCUAUUGACGACGAAUUUAAUGCGUUUGGGUCAUGCACGUGCAGGAUAAAAGUUGCCUCUUCCGUUCUCGAAAUGUAAGGUUCAUGAAGCUUAAUUUUUGGUUGUGACUUACCUAAAACCGUCCCGAGUUUGGGCUUCGCCAAAACUGUACUCAUUUUUUGACCAAAUUUCUUAACUUUUGGGGGCAGAAAAGAUAAGUUAGAACCUUAAUUCGUGUAUGGCUCACAAAGGGUGUAGCAGGAUAUAGCCUUUGGAAAAUUGCCCCCAGAGAUUUUUGUUCAAAACUAUUACCAGAUGAUGCCCCGUGAGGAAAAAUAUUCAUACAAAUUUUCAACCCUCUACUGCCCCCUGGAACCUGACGGCAUCCAUUUAACCCUAAAACGUUUUUAUUUAUUUUCUCCUAAACUAUGUAAAGCCUGACCAGUAAUAUACAAUUGUCAAGGGGGCGCUGUUCAUUCUCAUGUAUAGGGUGACAGUUCAUAUAUUACUGGUCAGGCUUUAAUAACCGACUGAUUUCAAAUUUUACACACAUAUUACUUUAACCUAAAGGUAUUGUUUAAAAAAAUAAAAGCCUAAACCUUUUCCUUCUUGAAAAAACAACAUAAUAACUUUGUAACCUGAACAAAAAAAUAGAAAAUAGGGAGCAGCAGAGGGUUUAAAAUUUGUAUGAAAUAUUUUCUCCUCACGGGGCAUCACCGCACCUGGUAAUAGUUUUGAACUAAAAUCUCUGGGGGCAAUUUUUCAAAGGCUGUCCUAUGAGUUUUCUCUUGUUAAGACUAUGAGGAAUGGCAUCUUUAAACCUGCAUGUAAACUUUUUGAGAAAUGAACUAGCAUCUUCUUUUGUAAAACCUUUCACCGUCAUAAAUGUCUUAUAUUUUUUUUUUAAGCGAUCUUGUUCCUAGAGAUACAGAUGAUAUCUAGAAACUAACUAACCCGUUAGUAUAUAAUAUACUUAAGUCAUUGUAAUCGCUUUGAGCUAUUGGCCUUGAAAGGGAUCAUGGUUAUUGAUUGUCAUGAAAGGGAUAAUGAAUUAAUUAUUUUUAUGUACUUAAGUACAAAAUGUAAUAUCUACCGUAAAUCGUUGGUUUAAGUAUACCAGUUUCUUUUAUACCAAUUCUGUGCUUACAAUUUCAUAAUAUACCUAAUAUCUAAAGCUUAAGUAGGUAUUUAAUUGGUACUUAUUUUGCUGCCACUUAAGUUCCUCAAAAUAUUUGCUUUAGAUUGAUUUCAGUACAAAGUUUAAACACUGCCAAUUUCAUACCAGUUAUGUGUACCUCAGUAAUGAGGGACCGAGGAAGAAGAAUAUGUACCUAAUAUGUGUGUAAAUACGUAACUCGGUAGUAAAAACUAAAAAUACGAAGUCAAUUAAGUAAAUGCAACUGAUAGAUUUUUCGUUAAUAUUAUGUUCUUGAAGUUGAGAAACAUUCAGCCUUUUUCAUUGAAGCGCGUAGUUGUUAAUUCAAAAUGUAUGCUUAAAUUAAUGUGCCGAUUUGUAACAGGUAGUUUGGUAAAAAAAAGGUAAUCAAACAAAACCACGUGACAGUCAUAAGACCAAUGAUAUAAUAACACAGAUACAAAAAUGUAGUUUUACAUCUAUGGAUCAUCUUUAGCUCACAGGUCAAGUUAUCGAGUUUUGUUUGUUUGCAUUCUUUAAAAUGUUUGUACUGAAUAUGCUUGUGCCGCACACUUGUGGAAUCCCGCCUUAAUAGAAUAUCUUCAGACAGAGAGAAAGGGUAAAAACGGGACCCUAUUACUAAGACUCCGCUGUCCGUCUGUCACCAGGCUGUAUCUCAUCAGCCGUGAUAGCUAGACAGUUGAAAUUUUCACAGAUGAUGUAUUUCUGUUGCCGCUAUAACAACAAAUAAGUACUAAAAAUUACGGAACCCUCGGUGCGCGAGUCCGACUCGCACUUGGCCGAUUUUUUUUUAUAUUUGAACAAACCCAAGUUGUAAUUUAGCCCUGAUACCUCAACGCGAAAUGUAGGUUAGCUGUAAGUACCUAUUGUAUUGUAUAUAUAAGUC